AUGGCUGCCCUGCUUCAGACGACGUUCUUGGGCCAAAUCCAAGGCAAGACGGCCGACGGCGUAACGCAUUAUCGUGGCAUCAAGUAUGCUUCUCUGCGAAAUAGACUCGCAGAUGCGGAGUUGGUUUCUUCCAGAUCAUCCGAAGACGGUAUUCUGGAUGCCACAAAGGACGGGCCAACGACAGCUUCAAUAAUCAAUGGAUGCGAAUUCGAACAGGGCGCCAUUCAGAAGUCGUUGCCAAAGAAGCCGCUGUCCCAGUCUGAUACAGAAUGUCUUAAUGUAAACAUCGCCGUACCAGAGGGAACAUCAUCGACAUCGAAAUUGCCAGUCUUGCUGUUCCUCCAUGGCGGAGGCUUGAUUCUCGGUGCCAAUUCCUGGCCACAGUUUGACUGGACUCGUGUGAUAAAGCUGUCAGUUGAAAAGGGGGUUCCUAUAUUAGCUGUCAGCCCAAAUUAUCGAGUUGGUGCUUUUGGCUUCUUGACUUCUGAAGAACUUCGCUCUGCAGGCUACAAAGCCAACAAUGGCCUUCGUGAUCAACGAGUCGCUAUAGAAUGGGUGCACAGGCAUAUUCGUGACUUCGGGGGCGAUCCGAAUAACAUCACAUUAGCAGGGAUGAGCGCUGGCGGGGGCUCUACGCUCCAACAUCUUCACUCUGAUUCAUCCACACCCCUUUGCAAACGGGCUCUCUCGAUGAGCGGUACAAAUAUCCUGAUGGCCCCCAUCUCAUUUGAGGCACACGAGAAAGGCUACGACGCAGCCAUUCAUAUAUGGGGAUUUGACAAGAUGUCACCAGAAGACCGUGUAAAAGCUAUCAUCGAAUCUCCUGCGGCGGAGCUUGUUGAAAACUUUCCUGUUCCGCCUAGUUUUGCUAUAGAUGGCGAUAUGAUUCCCACGGCACCAACCCUUGCUCAACUGUCAGAUAAGUCAGCAGCAAUUUACCCAGUGGGAAAGAGUUGGUGCAAAGAGUUACUCAUUGGAGAUGCGCAGCAUGACUCCAGUAUCUUUGGCUACCGUUUACCAAAUCAAGCCAAAAACGCUGCUCCGCGCUUCAUCUCUGCCCUCACCAACGCACUCUCAUCACACCCAGCUGAAGUCACCUCAAACUUACUCGCCUCGUACAGCCUAUCUCCAACGACUCCAGACGAAGAGGCGUUUUCCCGCAUUCUCGAGUUUACGAAUGACAUUCUCUUCUACGCCCCGGUUCUCGCAUAUGCCUCUGGCUGGCCGGAAGAUGGGAAUGUAUAUGUGUACUACUUCAACGAAACGAAUCCGUUCGACGGACCGUUUAAGGGCCAAUCAACGCACAUUCUGGACGUGGCUUAUUUCUAUCAGAAUUUUAAUGACCAUCUCACUACAGAACAGCAAGCAGUUGCACGCGCAUUCGCUGAAGAUAUCCUCAGAUUCGUUGCAGGAGAAGCGCCUUGGGAGCCGUGCAAGGACCUGGGUGAUGGCUUCAGGGCAAGAGUCUUCGGUCCGAGUAGUGAGAAACAGGUAAAGAAGCUUGUGAAGGAUAUUUAUGGAGGGGAUAGCCAGAGAAGAGGGGUGCUUCCGAGAUUACUUGACGAGACAGACGUGAAAUGGGAUGAGUUGACUGGAGUCUUCUUUGCCUUUUUAGCUAGUUACUCGCCAUAG